CCGCUUUCGGUUCAUCCAAAAUCUAGUUAGGACUAACUUGGCGACACAAAUAUUCACAACAUGUCAUGAUAAAAUGGUUGAUGUUUCAGUAAUAUUUUAUAAAAAUGAUGACUUUGAAGUGUUUGAAAAUGAUAGUGUUUAAACAGUUUCAAUAACUUAUUUUUAGCUAUUUAUAGUUUCAGUCAAGUUAAACGUUUGUAAAAGAAAAAAGUGUUUUUUUCUGGAGAAAUAGACCAGAAGGAUAUUAUUAUAUGUGUUCGUGAAGGAAUGGGAAAUUCCAGCUCACAUAGUCAUGAUGGACAUAGCCAAAGGAAAGGAUCAGAAUCAUCUAUGGACACUGGAUCUUCGGCUUUUUCCGGUCGGACUGGUUCAAAAAAGAAUUCUGCAUGUCUGAUUAAAUUAUUUCAGAAAUUAGAACUAACAGCUGAUGAAAACAACCACCAUCCAGGAGAACUGACCAGAACUACUUUUGAGAAUGCCUUCCAUGGACCCCUUCAUACUUUUGGGAAAUUGCUGUACAAACAGAUGUGUAAUUUCCACGGUACUUCUGACCGAGAGAGAAUUACUAAGGAACAGUUUGUUAAGUCAGGGAAAGAACUGCUUAAAAUGUUUGAUGAACCUUCUCAACAUAAAUACUAUUUCAAAUUAUUCUGUGAUGGAAAGGAUUACUUAAAUAAAGAAGAUGGCUUGCAGAUGGUGAAUGUAUCUUAUUGUCUGACUCUAGGAUCCUCCAGUAUAAAGUAUACAAAGAGUGUUAACGAUGAUAAAGUAUUUGAAAGUAUUGUUCAUGGGAUGUUUGGACCUCAUGAAGAAUUAUGUUAUGAUGACUUCAAGAAAUGGACCAAUCACAACUUACCUCAUAUUUACUGUGGUGUACACAAUUGGGUGUAUACUAUCCUGACAGGAUCUAAAAUGCCUUCAGAACAGGAAACUGCUCCUGUUCCAGAACUUGAGAAGUUUGAGCAGGAUAAACAUUGUAUGAGUAUGGGAAUGGUGUGGGCAUUGUCAGCAGUUAUACCAGCUAGUUAUACACAUAUAGAUCAGAAAGAAGAACAGUCAGAAUUUAAAAACCCAUUACUGACAUCAUUUAACUUAUUAAUGAAAAUAGCUAGAUUGAGCAGAUGUCAAAGCUGGACCUCUUUAUAUAAUAGUAGUGAACAUGGACUCUCACUUAAUAGGUUUACAAAUCACGUUAUAUCAUAUCACGGUCCCACCAUAACAUUGUUGUCAUUUGAAGGCAGAAAUAUAUACUGUAUAGCACAGGAUACAGGAUGGCGGGAAGGUACUCACAGAUUUGGAGGAGAGGAUACUAUGCUAUUACAAAUUACACCAGUAUUUAGAGUAGUACAAGCCGGUGGACCUAUGGUAUUAUGGAAUGAAUAUUCAAGAGAUAUCAGACAAGGAAUACAUGUAGGAAAAGAUCCUAAAUCUUUAAUUAUAGUUAUCCCAUCAGAUUUUGACAAGGUGGAGCAUUAUGGAGUGAAUUGUGGCAUUAAUAAAUUGGAGGUGUGGGGUUGUGGAUCAACUGCUACAAAAGAUAAACAAAAUGAACAGAAACAAUGGGAGAAAAAAGAAACAGAAAAACAUAAACAGAGAAAGAUUGAGAGAAAGUUUAGCCGAUUGAAACUAGAACAGGAUUGGGAUGAAAAUCCAGACAAACAGAUUUUAAAUUGGGGAGGAAUUAAAACUGAACACCAAUAUUCACAAGGAGGAAACUUUUAGAAUUAUCUCCCCUUAGAACUUGAAGAGUUAUCUACCUUUGUAUGGUGCUGAAGAAAUCCAUGUCAAUUUGCAACACAAUCAUUAUUUAGAUAAUAGUUUUUUUCAGUGUAUCAAAGUCCCUACCUACAUAUAGCUAGUAUUAAACAUGAUAUUUAUAUCAACUUUGCAUUUACAUUUGUUGUAUUACUCAUCACAAAAUGUUUCAAAAUAU